AAUAUGACGUCAGCGACAGUUACGGAUUUGCGGCAGCGCUGGUACUGUCACUGUCACUGCUGUUUGUUAUAGUCAGUCCACUUCAGGUUGUUGCACCGAGAGGUUCAGGUGCUCACUCUCCCCAUCACAUCAGUUUACAGUUUAUAAAUCCGCAGCUGAAGGCGCCGCUGCAGGAGACCUUCCCAGGAUGCUGGUAGCCGUCCUUGUGAUCCUACUGCUGGCGCUGCUGUAUAAAGUGACCCAAAGACCCUCAGGCUUUCCCCCAGGUGUGUGGGGCUGGCCUAUAGUGGGCUAUGUACCACCGCGGGAUGUUCCUCUCGCUCAACAUCUCAACACUCUCAGGAAGAAAUUUGGAGACAUAUUCACGAUGAAGAUGGGGAAACAUAUGGCAGUAAUCUUGUCUGAUUUCCAACUGAUAAAGACGGCGUUUAAUAAGCCAGAACUGCAGGGCCGACCAGACUUCUUCACCCUUAAGAUAUUCACAAAUUUUAAGAAUGCGGGUAUCAUCUCUUCAGUGGGAGAUGUGUGGCAACAGAACAGACGUUUCGCUUUACAGCACCUAAAGUACUUCGGGAUGGGCAAGUCUAAGCUGGAAUCGUCUGUCCAGCGGGAAGCCCUCAACCUCCUGAACGAUCUUGAGGCCUCAGUUGGCAUACCUACUGAGCUCACGUGGAAUAUUAAUAUGGCGAUUCUCAACGUUACCUGGCAGCUUGCGGCAGCGCGCAGUUAUAGCGUGGACGACAAGGAGAUCCUGGAGUUUUUUAAGAUGGUUUCUGUAAACUUCGAUAUCAUACAAGGACCUGCAGCUCUCCUGGACUUGUACCCGUGGCUGAUACACAUUAUGCCGACCUUCCUCAAGAACUCAUGGAUGAGGGUCAAUCAACUGGAUGAAAGCAGGGAGCGAAUUCAUAGUCUCCUGAAGGACAUAAUAGACGACCACUGCAAGACGCUGGAUACUGAUAACCCUCGGGACUACAUUGAUGUUUACCUCACCGAACACCUGAAAGACGACACACAUCUGCCAGCCUUGGGUCACCAGGAUAUUCUCACCAACACAGAAUAUAUAAACUUGCUUGCCAACUUGAGUGAUCUCUUCGUGGCUGGGAGUGAGACCACGUCCUCGACUCUACGCUGGGCCUGUCUCUACCUAGCUCUACACCCGGAGGUCCAGACGAAGAUCCAGAAGGAGAUUGACUCAGUUGUACCCAGAGACACCCUUCCAUCCCUCGAACACAAGGAAGAGCUGGUGUACUUGGAGGCGACACUGAGGGAGGUACAGCGUAAGGGCACCAUCGUUCCCCUGGGUGUCGUACACAGCGCCACCGCCAACACCACCCUCGCUGGCUACUCCUUCCCUGAGGUACACAUCUUUGGUCCCGGAUAAUACUGCAUAACUUGUUUACACACACACA